AUGUCGUUCCUCGGUGGCGCUGAGUGCUCAACGGCGGGAAACCCGCUCACACAAUUCACCAAGCACGUCCAAGAUGAUAAGUCCCUACAACGGGACCGUCUCGUUGGACGGGGUCCCGGGGGCAUGCAGGAGGGCAUGCGGUCGCGGGGUAUGAUGGGUGGUCAAGAUCAGAUGAUGGACGAGUUUGCCGCACAACAGCCCGGCCAGAUCCCCGGGACCGCACCACAACCUUUCGCAAUGGAACAGCUACGACGAGAGCUAGAUCACUUCCAGACUACUCCGCCAAGGACAGGCUCCCCCGGGUGGGCAGCCGAGUUUGAUGCUGGGGAGCACGCCCGGAUGGAGGCUGCCUUUGCCGGUCCCACUGGUCCUAUCAUGAACAAUGGAUCUGGAUUCACAUCUGCGGAGUUUGCUCGCUUCCAACAACAGAGUCGGGCUGGUAUGCCACAGACAUCAAACCCGGUUACGUCCGCGUCGCCAAUGAUGGCCGGCUACCAGCGGCCCAUGGGCAUGAAUAUGGGGUACAUGGGUAUGGGGGGGAUGGGGAUGAUGCACCAAGCGUAUAAUCCCAUGGGGAUGCAACAGCAGCCAGCAGAAGCCACGACCCAGGACAAGGGCAAGGGACGCAUGGUCGAGCUAGACGACGUGAAUUGGGAGGCGCAGUUUGCCGAGAUGGAGACGGCGGGCAACCAAACGCUGGACGAUGAAGCUGCCGCAGCUAUGGAGGCGGAGUUGAACGAUCUUGACAGGUCAGUCCCCGUUACUGACGCCAGUAAUUCACAAGAUUACGGUGAAUUUGAGAGCGUCUGGGAAAGAGUCCAAGCUGAAUCGUCCGCGGCAAAUAGGAAACUGGUCGAGGAAGAUGCCUCUUUCGAUAUCAACGAGAACCUGCACAUGGGAGAUCUGGGCGAGUGGGACGGUUUCGACAAUCUGAACACGCGCUUCCGGGAUCCUCAGCUCGGCGACUAUAUGUUCGAGGAAGAAAACGUUUUCCGCAACGUGACCAAUCCCUUUGAAGAAGGUGUCAAGAUCAUGCGUGAAGGUGGAAACUUGUCUCUGGCUGCUCUGGCAUUCGAGGCGGCUGUACAGAAAGACCCGCAGCACGUCCAAGCGUGGACGAUGCUGGGAUCGGCUCAAGCCCAGAACGAGAAGGAGCUUCCUGCCAUCCGGGCACUAGAGCAGGCCUUGAAGGUGGAUCCAAACAGCUUGGAUGCACUGAUGGGGCUGGCCGUCUCCUACACUAACGAAGGCUAUGACUCGACAGCCUACCGCACUCUUGAGCGUUGGCUUUCCGUGAAGUACCCGCAGAUUAUCAACCCCAAGGAUCUCUCGGCUGAUGCAGAUCUCGGGUUCACUGAUCGCCAGGUUCUCCACGACCGGGUUACCGAUUUGUUCAUCAAGGCGGCCCAGCUGUCACCAUCCGGAGAGCACAUGGAUCCAGACGUCCAGGUUGGUCUGGGUGUUCUUUUUUACUGUGCUGAAGAAUACGACAAGGCAGUUGACUGCUUCUCCGCUGCUCUGCAUUCCACCGAAUCCGGCACAGUCAAUCAGAAAGAGCAGUUGCAUCUGCUGUGGAACCGUCUCGGCGCUACACUUGCCAACUCGGGCCGCUCCGAGGAGGCAAUCCAAGCAUACGAGGAAGCCCUGACGAUCAACCCCAACUUCGUCCGUGCUCGGUACAAUCUUGGUGUCUCCUGCAUCAACAUCGGUUGUUAUCCCGAAGCCGCACAGCAUCUCCUCGGUGCGCUGUCCAUGCACCGCGUCGUUGAACAGGAAGGCCGUGAGCGUGCUCGCGAGAUUGUUGGAGGCGACGGUGGUAUUGACGAUGAGCAACUCGAGCGGAUGCUCCACAUUAGCCAGAACCAGAGCACCAACCUGUACGACACGCUGCGGCGGGUUUUCAGUCAGAUGGGACGACGGGAUCUGUCCGACAUGGUGGUAGCGGGCAUGGACGUGAACGUUUUCCGGAAGGAAUUCGAGUUUUAA